AUGGAUAUUUCCUCGUUGGUGCAAUGGACUUACGAAAAUCUUGUCCCAGCCACAGUUCGCUCAGCUCGGUCGACUGAUACACAACCGGCUGAUCCCACGGACAAGCCAAUCUCCGUCAAUUACUUUCCCUCCCGGAAGUGCAACUACACCUGCGGCUUUUGUUUCCACACCGAGACCACGUCUUACGUCCUACCCAUCGAGAAAGCCAUGGAAGGCCUGAGACUGCUACGAGAAGCCGGCAUGCAGAAACUCAACAUCGCUGGUGGUGAACCAUUCCUCUACCCAAAGCUACUUACCCAACUCCUCCAGUACUGCAAGGAAGAGCUCCGCUUGGAAAGUAUCAGCAUCGUCAGUAACGGCAGCAAGAUACGCGAAACGUGGAUGCGAGACAAUAGCCAGUGGCUGGAUAUCCUGGCCAUAAGCUGCGACUCCUUCAAUCCUGACACUAACAUUAAGAUCGGGCGAGGGGAAGAUGGCAAGAACGUCGACCGGCUCUUCCAGGUCGCCGAAUGGUGCCGUAAGUACGGCGUGAAGUUCAAGCUCAAUACAGUCGUCAACACCCACAAUUGGAACGAAGACAUGACUGCCCAGAUCGAACGACUCGCGCCCUUCCGCUGGAAGGCCUUCCAGUGCUUAAUCGUGGCAGGCGAAAACGACAACGCCAAACGGAAGCGCGAUGCGACUGACUUUCUGGUGAAUGAUGAGCAGUGGCAGAUCUUUCACGAGCGGCAUAAGCAUCUCAAGUGUUUCGUGCCGGAGGACAACCAGUCGAUGGCCAGCAGCUAUCUAUUGCUGGACGAGUAUAUGCGUUUCAUGGACAAGGGCGCGGGCAUGAUCACUACAAGCGACUCCAUUCUCGAAGUGGGUGUGAAGGCUGCCAUGAACCAGGUCAAGUGGGACACGGCUUCCUUCCUGGAGCGCGGUGGUAUCUAUGACUGGGCUAAGGAGAAGUCGUGUGAUGGUGGAGAGAAGAGGGAGCUCAUCUGGUGA